CUUAAAAAAGAUUGGGGCAGAACACCCGGCAAUCAUAUUCUUGCUUCCCUCAUCUUCAAUCGAUUUCAAGCAAACGGUCAAAAUUCAGAACACCCGGCACCCCCCUGGUGAAUUGAAUAAUAUUCUUUUCCUCAUCUUCAAUCGAUUUCAUGCAAACCUAGGUCAAAAUUCAGUCUCUACGUACAGGUGAAACCAUCGAUCUUCUUGCUGCGUUUUUUCUUCUUCUCGCUGCGUUUUUCUCUACUGUGAUUUUCUCCAUCAACAGUUAUCUUCAUCAUCAGCAGGAGGAUCCGCCUGAAGAAAGAGAGCGAACCUAAACAUCGGGGCGGGCGGAUAAUGGCGGGAAUGGCUGCCUCUCCUUCCUGCAUCUUCUGUCAGAUUGUUCACAAUUCCACCACCACUACCCUCCUCCACACGGAUGAAAAGGUUGUAGCGUUUCAAGACAUUAAUCCUUCAGCUUUUAGACAUUACUUGGUGAUUCCGGUGGAGCACAUUGCAACGGUUAAGAGCCUCCGCAGAAGGACAGAAGACUAUUCUUUGGUCAGUCAUAUGUUAAAUGUGGGGCAGACACUGCUACAGAGAGAUGCACCUAAUUCGACUCAAUACAGAUUUGGUUUUCAUCAGCCUCCCUUCAACAGUGUAAAUCAUCUCCACCUUCAUUGUUUGGCGCUUCCAUAUGUAUCCAGCAGGUGGAAAACAGUGAAAUACACAUCUUUGGGACCGCUGGGUGGAUUUAUUGAGGCCCGGAAACUAUUGGAAAAAUUGAAACCAUAGUUAACUCUCCCUCCUUACCAAAUAUAAAGAGAUUAUUUUAAUUGUUUUACAUGUUAAUUGACCUUAAUUACUACAUACACACAAUUGUGGUAAGGGCGUGUUAAUGCCACACGAUAUCACAUGUAUGGUGUGUAAUUGCAUUGCACCCAAGUACAGCUCAUACAAAUAUGCACUCUUUUUUGGUUACAAGUACGUUUCAAAACUUUUCAUGCUAAUUAAUUCAAUCGCAUUGAUUCUUGAAUA